CUUUUGUAUUUCACACAAAGCAAACCAGUUGUGGCACUCAAAGAGCUGCACAGUGUUUCAUGUGUCCGGCAUUAGUCAGCAAAAGGAAUCGGUGAUGUGAUUAUAUCCCAUCAGUGCAUGACAACAUGCCACAGAUGACACAUUUAGUCACGCCACUAAUUUGCACAAUGCAUGCAAACACGCCAUAAUGCUAAUGUCUUUAGUUGUCAUUAAUGUUACAGUGAAAUGAAAACUAAGCUACUUUCUACAGCCACAUGAGAAGUUUCAUGUGAAAUGUGAAAUGUGUUUGUGUUCACCACCGAGAGGUCUAGGAUCUGUUUAGCAUAGCUUAACACAAAGAUUGAAACCAGGAGGUAAAAGCUAGCCUUAAGGCGCUGAGUCCAAAGUAAAACAAUACGAAAGCAUUCUAACGACUCAAAGCCAUUUUUACUGCUUUUAUGUUAAGUAUUUAACAUGUGUUCAAGGAGUUGUCUUACACAAAGUAUGUUGCGCACUGUUGGGGAUGUAACGUUGGCAUCUCAGAAAUCUUAUCCAGUGGGGAUGUUAUCUAGGUUUAACAAUUUGUAUGUACAUUUGACGGUUUGUGAGCAAUUGGAAGGCAUUUCUUUUGUUUUUGAAAGAAAAGUCAGAAUAAUGUUUCUUAUUUAAAUGUUUGGGCUAACUGGGGUUCACCAUUUAGGUUAUCAUUUUUAGCAUGCGGGCCAAUAGGCCUGGUUUUGGAUCCGGGCUGCAAACUAUCCAUCCAGUCAUCCAUCCAUUAUCUUCCACAUAUCCCUGGCCAGAUGGCGGGGGCAGCAGGCUUAGCAGGGUAUCCAGACAUCCCUCUCCCCAGCAACGUUUUCCUGGGGGACCUCUAGGCGUUCCAAGGCCAGAAGAGAUUCCAUAAUCUCUCCAGUGUGUUCUGGCUCAACCCCAGAUGCCUCCACCACCUCACCAUACACCUUUUUUUGAUGCAAAAGAGCAGCGGCUCUACUCCGAGCUCCCUCCGGAUGUCUGAGCUCCUCCCCCUAUUUCUAAGGCUGAGCCCAGCCGCCCUGUGAAGGUUGCUCAUUUCGUCCGAUUGUAUCCACAAUCUCAUUAUUUCGAUCCCUACCCAAAGUUCAUGAGCAUAGGUGAGGGUCUGAACGGAGAUGGACUGUCAACUUGAGAGCUUUGCCUUUGCCAGCUCAGUUCCCUGCUCACCACAACGUUCCGGUACAACGUCCGCAUCACUGACACAAACCCCCCUGUCCAUCUCACGCCCCAUUUCACCCUCAAUUGUCCUCGAGACCCUGAGAUACUUGAACACCCUCGACCUCGACUGGAGCAGUGACUCACUCCCAACCUCCUGGGUGCAAUCCACCAUUUUGCGCCAGAGAACCAUGGCAUCAUACCCUGAGGCAGCGAUUCUCACCCUGCCAGCUUCACACUCGGCUGCAAACCAAUCCAGCGCUUGCUGGAGUUUACGUUUUGAUGGCACCGCCAGACUAUAUCGGUUAAUACACAGGACAAAUGGUUUUGGAUAUUUGACUGAAUGUUGACUUAAUAUUAACGUUCCCUCAUGAUGUACCCAUGUUGGGCCUGGAGUAGUUAACUAAUUGUUCCAUCUAAUAAUUUUCUGCAACACAAUGGCCUUUAAUUGUGGAGUCUCUGUCUUGUAGCUGAGAAAACAUGUUGUUGUGGUGGUAACCUCAAGAUGAGUCAGAGCAAUGCAUCAUGGCAUUUCCCUUUUGUCCGUUAUGCAGACAGCCACCACCCUGUUAUAAGAAGUGAACAGUGAGAGAGGAUAGGUGUCCAAUGAGAAGAUACAAAAGUGUGUAAAGACCAAACUGUUUUAAUACACCCCAAAUAACGUGUUCUUUAUAAAGAUACGCAUACAUUCUGAGUCACAUUUCUGUAAGUCUUUCAAGGAAGCAUUGUAUCCGGUUGAGGUUGAGUUACUUAACUGUUCUGUACUGUUUGGUAAAUUAAUUUGCAGCAUUGGAUAUGUUAAUCUGUAUAGCGUGCAUGCAAUGCAUUCUAUUUUAGUAAAAUCUACAGCAUUUCCCUUGUUCAAAUAUAGUGUAAAGGAUUUUCUGAAGUAAAAAUUGGAAGUACUCAACUAAAAUGAGAGCAGGCAGAAUGAAAAAAAACAUGUAAAAACAAUGCAAAAUGCAAAGAUAAGAAGGUGAUCCUCUCAAUCAUCACAUAUGACACACUGGAAGUAGAAGUCUCCAGAGACCUUGCCUUCUGCCUGUAUUUUCAUAUUUAAUCAACCUCUCUAAAAACACAGCACCCAGGUGGCAGAUCGUAAGUACACAACCAACAACAAUUAUAGACAAACUGCAAACAUAGCAAAGCAAGCUCCUAACUGCAGUCGGGGGCGUGUGCUUCUGGGGUCAUUGAGCUGGGGAGGAGGGGCCAAUUUUAGCACUAAAUCCUAUUCAUUGUGCCUUUUUGAAAGUGUAUAUAUACUUUUGUCACCACUGGACCGACAGGGAUGCAGAGAUUAAAUUGUUACUGAUUUUCUCAUUGGAUCGUGCAUAAGCACCACGCCAUGAGCAGAGGGACCACCAUCUUCUCCUGUGGAACUGUGGAGGCAGACAUGUGGCUGGACCUGGGGCAAAGCUGUGCCAUCCAGCAGAGAGCUCCCUGCCAGCCUGGUGCCAGUUUGGAGAGCCUGUGGGACGGGAUGCCCGUGCCGGGGAGCUGGCACUGGGCCAAGGAGCCAGGCAGCGCCACGGCAAUCACCAGUCUGAUAAGAGAUCUGAGCCUCGGCGACAGCGGCAUGACCGCCCCCAACUCCCCCACCACGUCCACCACUGCACACUACACCACUACAGCCACCAGCCAAGCUCCUACGGCACCCCCGAGCAAACGUCAGUGUCGCUCUCUGUCGUUCUCUGAUGAAUUCAGUGGGUUCCGCUCAUCGUGGAGGCCCCAAGGCUCCCGAGUGUGGACAACGGUGGAGAAACGAAGGUGCCACAGUGGAGGAAGUGUUCGUGGAGGAGCGGGUUUCUCCAGUGGUCAUCUUCCCACCAUGCAGCGCAGCUCCAGCUUCAGUUUGCCCUCGCGCUCCAGCAUACCAUCGGAUGGCGCCACGGAGCUGCCAUUCUUCAACCAGCGACUGCCUCUCCACCCUCAAUUCACUGCCUCUCCAGUCUCCCCUACCUGUCCUUCCUUACAUCAUCACCACUCCCGCCAUCACCACUUCCUCAGGCCCCUCUCCCUCUCCCAUGAGCAGAUCAGCCUUCCAGAACUUAAGAGAGAGGAGGCGUCGGAGGCCAGCUCUCCAGACUCCACCCCAGAAUUGGGGAGGCGAGCGGGCCUGAGAGCCAGGGCCACAGGGUGUCUGUCCCGGAGCAAGUCCCAGCCCUGCGUGCUGAAUGACAAAAAGAUUGGCAUGAAGCGCAGAAGACCAGAGGAUGCCCAGGAGCAGCGGCCCUCCUUGGACCUGGCAAAGAUGACUCAGAAACUUCAGACUUUUCAGAGCUUGAGCUGCCCCGGAUUCUCAGCCACCGACAGCUGCCAAUCGGGCCUGCCCCCGCCCACCUCCUACCAACCACAUUUGGACUUCACCGGUGGAUCCGAGUUGAUACUGGAGUCACGGCAGGAAGUGGCAGGAGAUGACGAGGAAGAGGAUUCUUCCUUUGAGGAGCUGGAUAGCGACUCGGCUUGUAGCGUGGACUCGCGGCCCGGCUCUCCUGAUGGCAUUGUGGGCCGCAAACACACCCUCUGGAAGGGUAGGAAACAGAGAGACAUUUUCCAGCUGGGGGGAGAGCUCGAUCUUGAUCAGAUUGAGAGAAACUGAACAUUUUAUCGGAGAUUCAAAAAAAGAGUGAGUCUGGGCUGUCGGAGAAAGUUAUUGGACAUUGCCGAUGUGCCGAGAGAUGGCUAUUAGGAAGGGCUGUGAGGGAAAGGGUCGAGGAGCGGACUUUGAAAGGGAAAGAACAGGAAAGUGAUGGAUGAUAAAGGACUAAGUAUGUUGUUAACGACUGUCUUUUUAAUGACACAUUUGCCUUGAACAUUCUUACUGUUUGAAUCAAGGAGCAGCGACCUUAGGUGGGUAUUUUAUUGGGUAUUCAGCUUAACUCAGGAGCAGGAAAGUGAGGGUUAGUCUUAAAAAAAACAACUCCCAGCCCCCACUGUCUUUUCAACCUGAUGACCUUUCCAAAGUCAGCUAACCUUAGGUUUGUAGUACUGUAGCAGUAGCUGGGCUCGCCUGUAUUUAGCUUGAGUUUUCUUUUCUUUUUCUCAGAAAGCGGGGGUCAGGUAAGAGGUGAAACAGGGAGGGGGGGGGGGGGAAACAACAUGAAGACUCUUACCCUUGACCUUCCUCUUUGUCUCUUGUGCACACAUGAAAAUCUGAUCUUUUUGCAUUUGAAUGUAGGCUCAAUAAGCUUUAUAAGGAGUUUUGAAAAUGACAGUGCCUUCUUUUGGAUGUUUGCUCUACUGGUUCUCUUGCCUCAAUCGAAGCCACCUUUUCUGACUUUUUUUUUUUUUGUAGUUUCUUAAUAUGCAAAUUGUAUAUUUGAAUUAAACACUGAAUCUCAAGUUUUCAGUUCUAAUAUCAAUCUAUAUUUUUCUAAGUAACUGUUUUUUAUGAGUUGUUUGUGAAGGAGGAAGAAUACGAGGCCUUUUCUCUAACCGAAUGGACAUGAAAUAAAUGUACAACCUGCACUUGUA